AGUGAAUGGUUUAGAAGAUUACAAGAAUAUUUUUCUUUUCGAAAAGGUAUAGCCAAACUUAAAGAUCUCUCUGCCUCUCUCUCGUGGUGAAGAGGGAAGGAAAUGGGGAUCAGAUUCAUAUUGAUGGUGAACAAGCAGGGACAGACCCGUCUUGCCCAAUACUACGAGUACCUCACUAUCGAAGAACGACGCGCUCUUGAGGGCGAAAUUGUUCGCAAAUGCCUCGCCCGUAACGAGCAACAGUGUUCUUUUGUCGAGCAUCGGAAUUACAAAAUUGUUUACAGGCGCUAUGCGUCACUUUUUUUCCUGGUUGGAGUUGACAAUGAGGAAAACGAACUUGCAAUUCUGGAAUUCAUACAUCUAUUGGUGGAAACAAUGGACCGGCAUUUUGGCAAUGUGUGUGAGCUAGACAUCAUGUUUCAUCUAGAGAAAGCGCAUUUUAUGCUGGAGGAAAUGGUCAUGAACGGGUGUAUUGUUGAGACAAGCAAGUCUAACAUUUUGGCUCCCAUACAGCUGAUGGACAAAGCAUAAUGAACGGGUGUAUUGCUAAGGGUUUCUUUUAGAUUCUUCAGUGUUUGCUUCUUACUUGUGUUGUUGCCUAUUGUGCAAUAAGCUAAAAAGAUGGUAAAAAUUCAAUAAAAAUACAAUGUAAACCUACCAUUUUCAUUCUAGUGUUAGCUUUUUGUUCUAUUGUCUUGAUCACAUACUAGUUGAUGGAUCAAUCCUAGAAGUACCUCUGCCUUUUUAUUUUGCUCUUUAGAACUUUGUAAAUUAGAGGACUUCGAGACGAAGCAAAAAAAUCAUUCACUAUUUUUUAUGCUC